GGAUUCUGACAGAGACUUUUUUUUUAUGUGGAUUCCUCUGCUAGUGCUUUCUCUCUCACUCACUCUCUCACUCUGUCCCAGCCGUGAUGGUACUAUGUAAUUCUGUCCUGCCAAAUUUCAGAGCAUUCAGUAAGAGACAUGAGCGAGCAGCAGAGACAAACAAACAGCCAGAGCUGGACUGUAGAUGGUCAGCCAAAAUCUCAAAGGUGUAAACACAGGACAUAGCACUGAGAUUGUAAGUAAACAAGGCCAUGCAGCAACCGUGUGGAUCUUUCUUGGGCUAAAAAAAGAUGGAUCUUAACAAAUGUCAUGAAGAGAUCGAUAACUCCAUAGAUAUGGACAGGCUGAACCGGAAUAUUCCAGAACACGGCCGUCAGACUCAUCAGGUCCUGCAGAGCACACCACUAGACCUGAUUGAAACCGGCAAGACUCUCAAAGUCCAGGCAGAACGACCCCAUCUCGUCAGCUUGGGAAGUGGCCGUCUGAGUACGGCUAUAACGCUGCUGCCCCUGUCAGAGGGAAAGACUACUCUCGGGCAUGGGAACACAGAUAUUAAUAUUCAGGGUCCGGGUGUCACUGCUCUACAUUGCUACAUUGAAAAUGUGGGGGGAGCCAUCACCCUGUACCCCUGUGGAAAUCAGUGCUCAAUGGAUGGCUUAGCAGUUACCAAACCGGUCAGACUGACACAAGGGUGUAUGCUGUGUUUUGGUCAGUCAUCCUUUUUCCGCUUUAACCACCCAGAGGAGGCCCUCAGGAUGAAGAGUUUGAUGCCAGGUGGAAGCCCUGGAUUUACCAGUACCUACAAAAACCAUUCAGAAACCCAUCGGCAGCUCAAUGGAAACCACCUUCCUUUGCAAGAGCGACCUCGUCCUGGACAAGGCACUCUUGUGCGCUCUAUUGACAAGGAUCUUCAUGACAUUAUGAAUUCUCUGACUAUGGAUGAAGGCCAGACUUACUCAUCUGAGCAAUGUAAAAAUGCCCGCCACCCCAUUCCAAAGUCUGCUCAACGUGAGCUCAUGCUCAACGGGAGCGGCCACAGUCUUGUCUCCCAUCCAGCCAGUCCUGGUACUUUGUCUGUAAGCUCCAGCUAUGAAAAUACCAGUCCUCCUUUCUCCCCCCUCUCCACCCCUUCUGUGGUUAGCAGUACAGGGUCUUCCACUAAUACCCGUUCUACCAGCUACACCCAUAUUGUCCAGGCCCCAGUGCCACAGCCACGCACUUUUGCAUCCAAAGGCAGCAGUUCCAAUGGAGGGCUAAAGGAUCAAGAAAGUUCCAGGCUUCAAAAAGCCUUAACUGAAACCCCCUCAAGUCCAGUGAUGAACCGCAGAGGAUCUUCUAGCCCUAGAUCCAGUGUUGGCUCAUCAGUCCAAGAAACUUCUUCCAGUCUUCAGUCCCAUUCACGUGCACUCCUUCCUCCAGACAGUCCCCAGUCAUCCCGUCGUGGUGUAGAACCAUCCAGCAUGCGUGAACUUCCUCCUCUCAGCCCGUCCACAGCACGCAGAGGUGUCCUUGGGGUACCAGUUCUCCCUGGAGCUCUGCCCGGCGUUCCUUCGACCUCUCGUGGCCGGACUGUACCAGAGAGUCCUCGUCUUCAACGAAGAGCCACAGCUGAGGAAGAAGUAGGAAAUACGAAACUGAAGGACCAGCAGAAGGGGGGUCUAACCCCAGCUCUUGGCUCUCAGGCUGGUGUCUCUCCCCUCACUAGUCCCCGUAACCAGAGAAAGAACUCCAGGGAGCCUCGGCAGGUUCAGCCGCGCACACGGGAACGUAAGAACAGCAUUUCAGAGGUCAGCGACAAAGAGGAAGACCUUCUGGAGUACCAUCGUUGGCAAAGAGAAGAAAGGAUGCGUGAGCAGGAAAUGGAGAGGCUGGUAUGUCUGAUCAUGUGUAUAUUUACAGUAUUUAUAAAAGGUUUGGACACACUUAUUCAUGAAGUCAUGGCCCAGUUGGCUUGA